GGAAAAGGAGCGGCAAAAUUUUAUUCCUAGUUUUUGGAAAAAUGAUUCAACGGAGUCCGAAUACGGCUUCAGGAGAAUGACACAAUAAAAAGGAUUUGAGUUUCAAGAUGCUUUAAUUUGGACUAAGAGCCUGAAGACAAGUGCGUGUGCUUUUCACACAAAAGUUUCUAAGGCUUUGAUCUACAUGAGUGAGGAAUCCAAAACGCACAGGAGUAGAGUUACGCCCAAUGCUUAGAUGGCCCUACUUUACCGGUUCACAAGGGUAAAAGACCGUGCUGGAACAGGGGUUUUCACCUUUAUUGUUACCAGAUCCGUGACUAGAGAUUUUCACCGAGAUGCUACAACAAAGGAAUUCACAUUUGGCUAUCAUCGUUGGGUUAUUAGCUUUAACAGAUCGGACUCAAAGAUGCUGGGUGUCCAUCUCAUCUUACGGAAUGCUACUGCAAGUACAAGAUGCUACGUUGAUUACUCUUUUUGCCUCUUGAACCGGGAACAUUUUAGCAAGAAUGAAAUAUUUUUUGAGAAGCAAUGCCGUUUUAACGCAGACCAACCUGCCCAAGGCCCAGCACGAUGGAUACUAAUGAGUGAGCUGCACUCGAGGAAGUUCUCUGACGAAAAUGGCGAGUUUUUGAUGGAUCUUGUAAUGAGUAAUCCCCUCACGGUGUAUGAAGUGGACUUGCGAAUGAGUCAUUUACCUUUUGGCCCUCAUCACAAACUCAGCAAUGCUGAAACUGCCUACUUUGCUUUUGGUGGAUUCGAAUGGAAUAUAGGCAUUCAUCCACAAGGUAUUCCUGAAGACCAAGAAACCAGCAACCGUCCUAAAAUACUUCUAAACCGUCUUACCGGCUUCGACCAUGCUGUCCGUGUCCAGUACCGAAUUGUACUUGGAGAUGCAGACCGAGUGUUCGAUUCCGGAGUCCUGUGCCAAAUGUCUGACGUCACGGGUCGCAUCCGUGGCUUCCCACUAAAGUGCACGGUUGGUGAUCUUCUACGCCGUGGCAUAUUGAGAAUUUAUGUAGAAAUGAUGUAUGCUAAUGCAAUCAGCGAAGUUUUGAUACCACUACAAAACAAAGACCCUAGCGAUACAACCCCCAACUGUUAUGACAGGGAGAAGCACGCUUGGUUAGCGGAAGGUGAUAUAGAAGGAGAGUGUCUGAAGUUGAAACUGUUUUGCUCUGAUUUGCAUCACGUACCCAGGAACCACCUCAGAUAUGUUUCAUGGAACGCCUAUGUUGUAAGGAGUGAUAGUGGAAUUCCUUCAAAUGAGAAAGAGAAUGAUAUGAUAGUGGUUUUGAAUGCUCCUCAUUGGAAUUAUUACAUUCAAGAAGGAGUGGAUAUGGGUAUCGUCAUGGAAACCGAUAUUCCUGUAUCUUUGGUAGAUGAAUUUUCUGACAACUACAAAGAGACAAACAAGAGUUUGACAGUACAGAUAGAAUGGCUGGAUUCGUUACUGCUGUUCAGCGCUACUUAUCACAAAUAUGACGAUAUCCGGAGAUUGCAUUGUCAUCAGAUGAAACGAGAGAUCAUGGCAUUGCAAACAGAAAAUUAUAGCUUGGAACGGCAACUCUUCAGCUACCAAAAGUCAAUCUCUAUGGUUAAUUCAAGAGGACAAACUGGAGACGAACUGCCCAAUGAAGAACCAGAGGCCAACAACUUCUAUGAAAGAAGGACUCUACCACAAGGAGAAAGCUUCCCAGACGCCAAAUACAUUUGAGUUGGAAUGCAGCUCUUUACGAAAAGUGCCUAAGCCAACAAUUGCUGAUGUAAUUUUUGGGAACCCAUUUUUAAGAACAAAUAUUUAAGCAAUUUUUCCGCUGUUUGAGAGGUUACUUAUGUGGUUAUACAUAUAUAUAUAUAUACAUUCAUAUAUAUCUGUAUAUCUGUGCUGAUCAAUUUUUGAAGCAAUGUGCUUCUUUUUUGCUAACUUGCUGUAUCAUAAAUCACUGCUUACCUCUAAUAAGAGGAUAUUCUCCUUACAUUUCAAUAAAAUCCUA